CAUUCGAAAUUACGCAGCAUUAAUUUUAUAUGGGAAAUUCAGCAGUAAUAUAAUUGUUGUAUAAUUGUUUCUCGUGAAUUUAUAAGGAGUGCUUCAAGUGUUGCACUAUUAUCAUUUAAAUGCAAUAGUGUAGUAAAGAGGUAAAUUUUGCAGGAGAAUGGUAUGUCGAUUGAUCGACCAGGAAAACAAUGAUAUAGAAUGAUCUAUAGAGGGUGCAAUAGUGUUGCUGAAAACAACAGUUGGUGAUAUUGAUUUAGAAUUGUGGUCAAAGGAAACGCCUAAAGCAUGCCGUAACUUUGUCCAGUUAUGCAUGGAGGGAUACUACAAUGACACAAUAUUUCACAGAGUUGUGAAAGGUUUCAUCAUUCAAGGUGGAGACAGAACUGGCACUGGCACUGGAGGAGAAUCUAUCUAUGGACACCCAUUCAAGGAUGAGUUUCACUCCCGGUUACGGUUUAACAGACGAGGUCUCCUGGCCAUGGCAAAUGCAGGUCAGGAUGAUAAUGCAUCACAGUUUUUCUUCACAUUGGGUCCAACUCCAGAGUUGCAGAACAAGCAUACAGUCUUUGGUAAAGUAACUGGUGAGACAAUUUUCAACAUGCUGAAAUUAGAAGAUGCGCUUGUUGAUAAGUUAAAUGUUUGCUUCAUCAUUUUCCAGGAUGAUAAACCACUCUAUCCACAGAAAAUAAUAAAAGCAGAAAUUCUAUAUAAUCCUUUUCCUGAUAUUAUACCAAGGACACAACCCACAACAAGGGAAGACAAAGUGGGAAAGAGCAAAAAAGAGAAGAGGGCUGGAGUCAAAAAUUUCAAGUUAUUGUCAUUUGGUGAAGAAGCAGAGGAGGAUGAAGAGGAAACCAGUGAAGCGAACAGGAAAUACUCAGGGCGCAGCAAAUCAACACAUGACAUUCUGAAGGAUCCUGGACUCAGUGCAGUGCCAGCGAUUGAAACAGAAGAGGAAAUCAAGGAGAUCAAUAAGUGGACAUUGGGUUCGAGUGACAGUGAUCCUGCCCUCAGUGAAGAUGAAGUUAUACAUAGAGGAAGCAAUGCAUCUCAUGGAGAUAGGGAUGAGUUAAGCAGAAUCAAGAAAAAACUAAAAGUGGACAAAGAUAGUGACAUACAACCAUCUGUUUCCAAGAAUUCAAAGGCAGAUAAAAAUGAAGAAAAGGAGAACCACAGUAAUUUGAGAAGAAAAACGGAUGAUAUUCAGAAAGAAGCACAGAAACUAAAAUGGGAAUUACAGAGAAAAGUGGAGGAAAAGGAAGAAAAAGCUGAAAUAAAAAGUGAAGUAGCAAAAAAUGAGGCAAUUGAGGCUUACAAACAGGAACAAGAAAAAUAUAAACAGCUGAAGAGUCAGAUGCCUGAGAAAGGUUCAUCAAGAGAACAGUUUACAUUAUCAUUAUUGGCCAAGUUCCAAAAGAAGCUGUCAUCUGCAAAAGAUAAAGCCCGUGAAAAGUCAGGUGAUAAAGCAGGACAGUCUUCCCCCAACUUGGAGAAUAAGACCGAAGAUGAUGAUGAUGAUGAAGACUGGCUUUCCCAUAUGCUGAUAUUUGAAACUAAUACACCUGUACUUGCCAAAGAUGCAAGUACCAAAACUGAUGACUGGUUUGAAAUCUAUGAUCCACGAAAUCCUAUCAAUAAGAGGAGAAGAGAAGCAAGUAAAGAUGCUAUGAAAACUAGAGAUAAGCAGUAAAGGAAUAUCAGAUCCACAUUUAUUUGAACUUUUUGACUCAAAAUGAUUCCAAGAGCAUGUGGUUAAGCUAUGGACAUCCAGUUGCUUGACAUUCUGUGUGUACAAAUGAGUUGGUACAGGAAUAGAGGUUCAUACGAUGUUAAAUUAUUCACUGUUUGAAUAUUUUUGUCUUCUGGGUUUUGCACCGUGUAGUCUGGUAGAAGUUUGCUGGCGUUUCAGAGGUGCUUACUGCACCUGCACCUCCAAAGUGGUGAUGAACUUCUACCAGACUACACCAGAGGAGAGCCACUUUUGUACUUGCUCCCAUGUGAACCUGAAUAUAAUUGUUGAUAGUUUAAUAGGCAGUAUGAGAAUAAAGUGAUUGUCAUUGAAAGUAUUAA